GGGCGGGGCACCUCGGGACUGGCUGGGCCGGCUGCGGCCGGCCGCACAGUCGCUUCAUCUCUGAGCAGCUGGGAAGUGGACCCCUCGCCGCCAUGAAGAAAACGGUGGUGUCGGCUGUGAUCGGAGGAGCCCUGGCGGUGGCUGCGGUGCCCGCCACCCUGGGAGCCCUGGGCUUCACCACGGCCGGGAUCGCCGCCUCCUCCGUGGCCGCCAAGAUGAUGUCUGCGGCCGCUGUCGCCAACGGGGGCGGCGUGACUGCCGGUGGCCUGGUGGCCACCCUGCAGUCGGUGGGAGCAGCUGGACUUUCUGCCUCGUCCAAUGUCCUUCUGGGCUCUGCCGGGUCCGUGGUGGGGGCUUGGUUGGGACGUUCCAACAAGAAACCAGAAGAGGAGGGUCCAGAGGAGGACCCCCCAUCAGAGGAAGUUAAGAAAUAAAAGCCUGGCUCUGUG